AUUAUCAACCACUUAUACAAAAAGAAAAGGAUAUAUUUAAAGAACUUAUGUCUAAUGCUACUCAAAUUUCUUUACCUUCUUUUCAAUUACCAAAAAAACUAAACAAAAAAGAUUUAUUACGUCAAGAUAUAUAUAUAGAUACUUGUGGUAUUGAAAAGAUGAAAGUAAAAGCAAUAUAUCCUUCUAAAGAAUUUGAGAAAUUUUUUAAUAGAUCAGAUCCAUCAAGUUAUAAAAAUACUAGACCGCAAUUUGAUUAUGAUUUUGAAUAUUCUACAUAUUUGCAUAAACAAAAUAUUAAAAUAAGUAAAAAUCAUCAAUUAGAAAUUCCAGUUAGAUCAUUAGAUGAUUCUAUUAGCGUUAAAGUUUAUAAUGUAUUAAAUAUUGAACUAUUUAUGUCUUCGGAACCAAG